GGGGGGGUGAGGCGAGAGCAGAAGUUUCGCGAGAUCGGGCGUCGCCAUCCUGAGACAACCCCUCGUCCUCGACGCAGUUACAGUAGUGUGCGGGUGUUGUGCAGAAUUUAAAAUUCAGUGAUGAAUGUUAAUCUUGACGUAGUUCGGAAACAACUUGGCCAAGCAAUCCAGCUGACAAGAGGAUACAUUCAGUGCACAGAACAUUAAUUCACGCACCCGCAACGCACACGAAGAACAACAGACUUGGAGAAGGAUCGUCUACGAAACCGGCGCAAAGACUUCCGGCAAAUCGUCCCCGAUCGAUCUUAGGACCACCUUGGAAGAAGGUGUAAAUCGAAUCGAACCCGAGCGCCUCACAAGGUGCCUCCCGAGGCGUGUGCCACGACUCCCGAUACACCGCUCCCCUCGUCGAAUGCUCUUCGCGCGACGCUCAGGAUAACGAUAUCCAGUGCUGCAAACACCCUGCGGACCCGCGCCAGUAUUCCGGAAUCGAUCUGGAAGAGAAAUUAAACACCAAUAAAUGCUGUGUUGGAAAGUAGUUCGUACUAAUAGGAUUUCAAGCGUCCGCCUCGCCAACGAACAACACGACGGAAAGGAGGGACGCUAAAAAGCACUGAAAAGCGGGUCACUAAUUUGUAACCGUGGCAAGAAAGUGAGCGUAAAGGUGUUUAUCUGCUAGACUCUGGCCAGAAAUACCAACCAGUAACAUUGAAUGCUCACUACAUAAAUUGGUGGAGUUGCAGAAUUACCAAUUAAAGCCAAAAUAUUAAAUUGUUCGUGUUGCUGCAGACUGGUCCAUAAUGUUGCUGCCUGUUGCUGGUAAACACGCGCACAGAAACCGAGGGAUUCCUUCGGGACAGCUAAACUAGGAGGCAGGCGCCCGGUGCGAAACUCUCAAUGGCAGCACUGAAUCGUCGACCUAUUCCAAUCACCACCCAGCGGCAUGGCAGCGUUUCUGAUCGACCCGCGCUCGGUAAUACUCCGGCAAUGAAGAGGAACAACCCGUUCAUCCUCGGUAGCAGCAGCAGCAGUAGCAGUGGCAAACGUAAUCGAAAACGGAGCACCACCGACGAUGGCCUACGACAAUCUCGCUUCGCACCAGUCUCAGCGCGUCGUUGCAUCGGCCACCGUCACAAGGUACAGCAGCUGACCGGAAGCACGCGCGUCGUGACGUCGAUUCCCGGUGCGCCCUCGCGUCAUCCAUGAAAAUCGUGCGCGUGAUCAAUGAGAGAAAGAGAACGAGAGAGAAAAACGGACAAAAUUAAGUAGCGCAAAAAUACGAUUCGCACCUUGGGGGAGUGUCCCCACAGAAGCACGUGAAGAAGAUAAAACCACCGGUGUAAUAAGAAACAACUUCGUGUUAGGAGAAAGCAAUCACGAAAAACAAACAUUGGUUAAAAGAGAGAAGAACGAAACGAAAUAAAAACAGUAACAGCUAGGAGAAGAAAGCACAUUCAAAAGAAUGACACAACCGAGCAACUAUGUCAGCAAAUAUGCCGGUGAAUACUGCAAGCUGGUUGUGGAGGGCGACAUCGGGAAGGUUAAGUCGAAGUUCAAGGAGUUCGUGCUCGACUACCAGACGCCGGAGGAUCUCAACACGCCGCUGCACCUGUCGAUCAUCGCGCAGCAGAACCGCAACGAGAUCAUCCAGUUCCUGGUGGAAUCGGGUGCCGACUGCGAUCUGCGCAACUCGAUGAACCUGACGGCGUCCGAGCUGGCGAUCAAUCUGAACUUCAUCGACGUGACGAAGUUCAUGCUGGCGGUCGAGUUUCGCAACCUGACCGACUACCGGUGCUUCUACCGGUUGAUCCGGCGCGGUUCCGUGCCGCUGUUGCAGCUCUUUCUCGAGCUGAAAACGUUCGACAUCCACCAGCAGAUCGGGUACGUGUCGAGCGUGUGGCACGAGCUGUACGUGAAGAAUGUGCCGCUUACGAAGAGCAUGGAGAACUUUCUCGAGUACCAGCUGCUGAACUACAGCUACGCCUAUCACCACCCGCCGGCGCACCGGCCCGACCGUCAGAAGUUCGACAAGGAGUACGAGCAGCGGAUCGAGCUGAUCGUCGAGUACACGCGCUACCUGACCGAGCACUACGACGCGACGGACAAUCUGAACGACUUCGACGAUAAGUUCCUGCUGGCGAUCAAGAUCGUGUACGACAAUCUGUUCUUUUUGCGGGAGAAGCGAGACCACUUGGGGCAGGUGCCGCUGGACGAGAUCUGCCGCGUGCUGGCGGUGUUUUUGGCCAUCUUCAAGAAGUCACCACACUACGAGGUGUACAAGCUGAUCCUCAACAAACGUACCGUACUCCGGUAUCUGGCGGCGGUUAGUGAGGAGUUGGAAAAAUUCCGCACCGCCCUGGUCGAUCGGGAAAGCCGCGCUGCGCAGCCAAAGUGGACCGUAGAUCAGCUGCUGUCACUGAUCGGUUGCAUCAGAGACGCUGCGCCCGCCAAAUCGACGAAGGCGAUCAACGCCCUCUGGCAGAAGCGAUGCGUGCUCAAAAAGAAACUCAUCUACUACGUAAAGGGGCGUCUAAAAGUGAACCCCGAUUUGAACGCGAUUCAGGCCCGGCACAGCAACAACCUUUCGAAGGCGGAACUGGAGCUGAUCCGGCAGGAGAUGAAGGCGAAGCAAUUCCUUAACCUCACGCGCACCGUAAGCCGCAAGAAUCAGGUCGUCUUCCAGCGGCUGCGCAAAACGUACGAUCACGUCGUGCAGCUGUACGCGAUCAAGAAGAUCCUACGCUACCUGGAUGGGAUCGCCCGGAUCCAGCUACCCCAGUACCAAGUGUCCGGGGUGUUGGCCAUCAAGCGCACGCUGCAGGUGAUCGCCGAGACGGUCGAGAGUGCCCGCUACUGUCCGUCGAUCGCGCGCAAGCUGCACAGUGUGGUGCACAAAAUCCUUCCCCUCAACUUGGACGUGGACGUGCGGGACUUUUACCAGCCGAACGUAUCGCUGUACAAGCUGUGCUCGGACAAGCUCGAGACCGGUCGGCUGAUUCCGUUCGCGGAGGUGCAGUGCAGUUUGAAGUCGGUACGGCGCUACUUUGCCUACGUGCACGAUCGGAAGAUGCUCGAGGCGUACAAGUGCUACCUCGGGAACGUGUACCAGCUGCGCAACCAUCGGCAGGUGGCAAGCUACAAUCAGUACGUCGGUGACGCCAAUCGGAUGUACUUCGAGAAUCACACGCUGGACGAUCUGUACUUCGAGCUGGAGGAUUGUAUUCGCGUCGUGGAGGAGCUGCAGGAAACGUUCUGCCAGCAGCAGGACGAAAAGAUUAGCGAUCUUUUGCGGUGUCUCUAUGGACCGCUUGCGCAACGGUACGAAGCGCUUACGAAGGGUGACGCCAGCCGAAGUGCGUUGGCUUCUGUCAGUGCGAACUUCAACACCACGAUGAUGCUGUGUGGGACGGAGAUCGAUGUGGUGAAGGUGCGCCGUAUUGUGGGUUCGUUUUUGGCCGAACGAUGUCCCAAGUACGACAUCUGUACCGACGAUCAACUGUUGCUAGUGAGUCCAAUCCUGCAGGAGCUGCUGCACCUCUUCACGAACUAUCUCUACCAGUAUCAGAUGGACGAGCGGGUGACGAAAAACUUCAUCACGAUGGUGGAGGUACUGCAUGUCGGGCGCUAUAUGGCGGUCGACCAUUUUCUGCCCGAGCGCGCGAAACCAACCGACAGUCUGACGCACCAGAACUACACGAGUGACAUACUGAAAAAGUUUAACCUGCAGAACCUCAGCUCGAUCGAGUUCGCGGUGCUGCACGAACAGCUAUCGCAGAGCUAUUACGACAACUGCUACAACCUGGACAAGAAGUACGCCGUGCUGACGAUGUUCUUCAAGUCGACCAACCGGCAGGUGAACGAUGCGAUUGUGAAGCGGAACAAGCGGAUGGAUCGGGAAGAGUUCCAGUCGUUCCUGGACAGCAAACUGAAGUUCAUUGGACAGUUUCUGCCCUGCAGUGACUUUAACGAGGUGACGCAGUUCAUCAACGAGGCCGCACCGCACGUCGAGUUUGCACUCGAGCACUGUCUGAUGGAGCUGUGCGAAAUACUGACCGAUCUGGGCGUGUUCCAGGACAACCAGUACGUGCUGAAGCUGCAGUCGGCGAACGUUAGCGGGCGCAAUCUGCACGAGUACCUCCGGCGCGGUGAUACACUCGAGCACGACAUGCUUACCCUUACGCACAGCACCAAGGUGAAGGUGUUCCUAAACGGGCUGAUCUUUAAAAGCAACGAGUUCAAGCUGUAUCAGCCAGCCAACACGCAGAAGGCGAACGCAGAUGAGCUGCUAGCGAUCGUGGACAACCUGACGAACAACUACAAGAUGCGCUGGAGCUGGGUCGAACAGCAGGAGCGUCUGUUUAAGUCGGUCGAAACGAUCGACCUGAAGCUACUGCAAGCCCUCACGCCCGACUACGCCGACAUCCGGGGGAUGCGGCUGGGCGUCCUACACCCGGGUACACCGGCGACCGAGUACGAAAUCAUCGACCACACGGUGCGCAACAACCUGAAGCAGAUGGUCGACUACCUGUCCGACGAGCUGGCGGCGAUUUCGUUCGAGAAGCAACAGUUCUUCCAGUACGUGCUGGUGCGCAGCUCUAACUCGCUCUUCAUCGAUGCCCACUUCAGCCUGACGACGGUGCAGGAGCGGCAGGCAACGAUCCUCUUCAUGGCACUCUACUUCCGCGCGUACGACGUGUUUCUGGAGUGCGUCCGACGGUUUGAGCUGACGGUGAACUUGGGGAAGAUCAUCAAGUACAUCAAUCUGGAGUUUAUCGAGAAGAUUGCCAAGCAGAUGAAGGACAUCGGGUGGAACUGUCAGGAUGGGAACGGUAUUACCGUGCUCGAUCAGUGCGUGCAGAAGGGUGAUCUCGGGGCGGUCAAGAAGCUGAUUAAAUUCGGUGCGGAAAUUUGCGCACCGACUGCCGACGGUACGUCACCGCUUCACCGGGCCUGUAGUCUUGGUCUCACCGAAAUUGCCCGGUUGCUCGUGAAACAGAACGCCCCGCUUGGUACGCUUAGCGGCGCGGAUCGACUACCGCUGCACUACGCGAUCCAAUACCACGAGAAUGAUCUCCUGCCGUUGCUCUGCGCGGACGACAUCGACGUUGACUCGGACAAGCACCGGCUGGUGAAGUGCGCGAUCAAGUACGACAAUCUCGAUGGGUUGAAGUUUCUCCUCGACAGCCGACAGGCGAAGCUGUCGGUCAUCGAUCGGCAUCAGAACACGGUGCUGCACCUUUGUGCCAUCUACGGGCGGAUGGGUAUCCUGCGGUACCUUUACAGCGAGCAUCUUUCGACGCUCAAAGAGGAGGACUUGUUGAAUCGUCGGAACGCAUUUUCGAAGACAGCGCUUCAUAUAGCGGUGCAGACGCGGCGGGUUGAGAUGGUGCGGUUUUUGUUGGAACAGGAAUCUGGGGGAAUUAACCCUUCGCUGGUGGAUGACGCGGGACUGACCGCGUACGAGUGGGCUGUCCAGAAGAGUAGCGUUCGUGUGAUGAAGCAGUUCGCAAAACAUCACGCUCCGUUGCGUUCCAUUUCGAACAGCCGCGAACGGGAAUCGCUGCCAGUUUCACUCGCGAUCGAGCAGCGCAACGUACCGGUGCUGAAGUUCCUGCUACGCAACGGGUACAGCCUCUCGGAGGAGACGCUCUGUCUGAUCAAGGCCGUUUACACACGAUCGCUCGAGUUGGUGCGGUUCGUCGUCGAGCACUGCAAACCGUCCGUACACUACCGGGAUCCGUACGAUAGUACGUCGCUGCACGUUGCCAUCGCGAUCGAUUGCAACGAGAUCGCAGCCUACUUGAUCGAGUCAGGUGCGGAAAUCAACGCCGUCAGCAAGUUCGGCGAUACUCCGCUUCACGUGGCGACCAAACACGGAAAUAUUGUGGCCGCCCGGAUGCUCAUCCUCAAGUACGCGGCCAUCGACGAACGGAACACGUCCGGAUUGACACCGCUAAUGCAAGCGAUGUACUCACGCAACCUGGAGAUCAUGAAACUGCUGAUUGGGGCCGGAGCCAACAUCGACCUGCUGAAGCUACACCUGGCGGAGAUCGAGCAGAUUUCGAAAAUUCCCACCAUGCACCUGUUCGUCGAUCACUAUGGGUUGCUGGAGUUUAUGAUUCUACAGCUGCAGUACGACCCGAACGUACGGGACGUUCGCUCCCAGCAGAGUCUGCUGCAUAAGGCGUGCUACGCAAACAAUCUACAGAUCGUACAGUUUCUAGUCGACUGGUGUCGGCUGCAGCCGGAGCAGCAGGACGCGAACGGUCGCACCCCGUUGGCGAUAGCGAAUGAGUGCAAGAACUACGAGGUGGCCGAGUUUCUGCGCAGCAAGAAGAGGAAGAAGUCUCAGAUCGCUCCCCAGCGUUACUUUGAUCCGACGGGCAUGCUGUAGGGGACGAGUAGUUAGGUCUCAGGCCAGGCAAACGGAGUAAGAAGUGCAACCAGUGUAGGAUAGAGAAGUUGUUCAACGUCUGUGUUAACGCACGUCGUGACUUUUUGUUUUGAACGCGUCCCAGUGAUUUUAUUUUUAGGGCAUACUUUCUAACGGAAAUAUCCCCAACAUUUCGCUUCGACAGGCAGUGAUGCAACCCAACCAUCCCCGACUUGGAAGGAUUAUUUACGCACGAAAGCAAUGGAAACUCGGUGUCUGGUAUUAAGAACAUGAAUGUUCUCUAAUGAUGAUGAACUCGUUGUUAGUGAACAAUGGUGAACCCUGUCCGGUUCGUUUGAAUCUGAUCAGCACUGUGUGCUGCAUAUUUCGAACGGAACCGGUAGAUCGGAUCGCACAAUCUGUUCCUCGUCGGGAGUUGCCAAAUUGAUAUCUAUUUGAACCCUAGCUCUUAGAAGCAAUAUGUUGGCUAUGUAUUUCCAUUCUCAUCAGGAUGAUUCUUAUCCCGCCUCCGACCGCCUUGAACGGUAGACAACUGAUCGCAUGUGCAGAUACACACUACAGCAUACAUUUAAUAUCGUAUAUUUGAAGAACGUUUGUACGCGUAGCUUUUUAGAUUGAUACUCCAUCCGUACGGUGGCCAACGCAAGUAGUAGAUGCAUAUACGUAUCCGGACAACCACUAGGAAAGCUUUCGGGCAAUGUGAUCGGUCUCUUCCAUUCAAUUUGGUUUUAAAGCACAACCGUUUUUGAAAGCAAACUUACCUCAUUUUGUCUAUAUGAGAUCUUUUUAUACAAUAUCAAAAUGGUAAAUGGCCGCAGCGCUACACCACAAGGAACGUCUUUUAUCUUUUCUGUGCGCCCGUGAUCCAUUAAGUGAUCAAACGAAGUUCUAGUCAGUGUGUUACUUUUUUGUGAAUUUCAACGAUUUCAAGCAGCGUUAGAGCACUGAAAACCCGGAAACAUGUGGGCUUCCUAGAUUCCCCGAUUUCUGCCAAUCGUUAAAGUGAACGAUUAUCAAAAUUGGCGCAAGAUUUCUCUAGAGACAUUCCUUAUGGCACAUUUCUCAGUACAACAGGAAACGAAAAAAACUAUCCCCCAGUAAUAUGUUUAGAGUAUUGGAACAACAACUUCUCUCCUCGCUGGUAAUACUGCUAAAGUACGCCCUAAACCAUGAUGCCAGUCGCCAUGCACAAAAAUCUUGCAUAGGAAAGCAAGCAGGAGGAAAACUUCAGCAAAACGAAACAAAAAGUUAUGGAAAAACAGACAGAUCGUUACGAGCGUAGUGUCUAUCCGUGAUUUUAGAUGUAAAAGGUGUGUGAUUUUAGAUUUGUUCAAACUCCAUUGCUCCGCUGCCAGAAAACGAGAAGCUUCGUUCCAUUGCGGUAAUGUAGCGAUUGCCUGCAAAACUAUUAACAAAUAAACACUGAAACCAUAAUAUGCAAUCAAGGAGAGAGAUAAAGCGGCCGGUAGCGAUUGAAGGUGAAAGUAAACUAAACAACCAUAUGGUAUUGUAUGUGUGUGUUUAUGUAAUUAUAUCUACUAUUUUAUUAUGUAUGUUUGUGUGUGUGUCCAUGUUGGCAAGGAUAAGGAAGCGCAAAAUAUGCCCGUAAAUUUUUAUCGCAGCAGGCGUUUUAGGGCAUGAAUAAGCGUCUCAAGUAAAACUGAAACGAGCAAGCCAAUAAGUUUGAAAAAGGAACCAGGCAGGCUCACGCGCGGACAUGGACAUUUUUAGUACCGUAAGAUGAAAUCUUUUAUCGUACCUUUUUAAGUAAACGAAACCUCGCAUUCAAUUUCACCCGAACACACUCGACCCGCCUCGACCGGCGCGGAUUUCUAGUUACGAUGGAGCUUUUAUAUCGCGUCAAGAGUAUUGUAAAAUGGUGCAGCUAAAAGAUAUGAAAACAUACAUUCCUGAGUGCACAGAAGAAGAGAAAGAAAAACCUCCGGAAAAGGAUUGGGACGGUAGCUAGUUGAUAGGGAGUAAGACGUGAAAAGAAACUAAUAACCUCGCAUUUAUUACACGAAUUACAAACUACCAUUAAAUAUAUACAUAUACAUACUAUAUAUAUACACGAAAACAAAAAAUCCUAUAUAAAACUUCUACUGCAUUCCAUGGGUGUGUGUUGUAUUCCGUCCCAUCCUUUCCGUUUUCCGGUUUUCGAUU